AUGAAUACUAUUAAUAUGGUUAGAAACCAAAAAUCCGCGAUUCGUGAAGAAAUGCGUAAUUUAUUAAAACAAAUACCUAUUGAUAUAAUCGAACGAGAAAGCGCGAUUGUAAGUGAUAAAGUACUUACUUCCAAAGAAUACUUGAAUAAUAAAAUAUGUUAUGUACCACGAUGGAACAAAGAUGCUAUGGAGAUGGUCAGACUUUUAUCAUAUCAAGAUUAUAUUUCGCUUCCAGUUAAUCGUUGGAACAUACCUGAACCAUCCCAUGAUAAUAAUUAUGAAAUUGGUUUGGCAUUUGAUCUUCAAAGAAAUAGGCUUGGUCAUGGAAAAGGAUAUUAUGAUAAAUAUUUGGCUAAAUGUAAAAAUUGGGCCAAAGAGAAUAAUAGACAAUUACCAAAAACUA